AUGGCGACCCGGCCGGGAGAGGAAAACGUUGCUACUCUGCACAAAUCUACACAAAUGAAAAUGGCGGCUGACUGGCCUCAAACCCUCAACAGCUUCGGAGACGUCCACUACUUCUACGGCCCGCCGACCAGCAACCCGCCGCACCACCGCUUCGACAAGGGUUCUUACGUCUACCUUUUUGAGAACGCAACCGACCGCCGCGCGCGCAUAGAGAUUGCCAACCAGCCCGGCACAGAAGAUCAAGAUGCUUUUGACGGAUUCCUCGACAAGACGCACGUCCGAUACUCGUACAGCCACCAGUGCAUGGUGACCCUCAUCGUAGGCGACACGACGGACCAGAUGGAAUGGCACCUGCCCACCUACGACCCCCAGAACCAGAACAAGUACCACUACAAGCUCCACUCGCUCGACAUUUACUUUUGGAAAGCCGAGGACGCCCUCCAGUUCGUCAACGGCAUCCGCUUCGUCCUCCCGCCCUCCCAGGUCGAGAUUCUCGACGAGCCCCAGCAGCAGCAGCAGGUCCAUCAGGCCCAACAUCACCAAACGCAACACCAACCCGUGAGCUCCGUAGUCCAACAGCUCGAGCACGUCGCGAUAUCGGACCCAGCGUACGGCACCCCGAGAGGCGCCCCCGCGCAAAACGGCUCAGGCUUCGCCGGGCCCCCGACCUCGGCCGUCGCGGCACCGCCCGCCCAGCAGCAGGACCCUCAACAGCAUCAGCAGCAGCCGGCGAGCUUCGUGCCAAUGGCAUACAACCCCGCCGCGCCCGCCGCACCAGAAACGAUUCGACACAGAGAAAAGACCCCGCCGCCCGAAGACGGCGUCGCCGACCCCCUGGCCGCGGCAGUCGCCUACGACGCGCAGGCCCCGUUCUCGCCGGGCUUCGUUCCGCCGCCCGGGUUCCAGAGCGGACAGGGGAUCGGCCUUCCUCCCCCGCCUCCACCGCCACAAUUCGGCGGGCACCCGGGAGGUCAGCCUGUCCUCCAGCGCGCGGUGACGAUGCCAGCACAAGCCGUGCACGGCGGCGGCCUCGCGUCGCCGGGGCUGGGCAAUCCGUACGGGAGCCCGUUCCCCUCCUCCCCCGGGUUCGCGCCGCCACCGCCCCCGCCGCCGCCUCAACUUCAACAACCCCAGCCGGCAACCCCUCAACCGCAGCAACCCGCCGCCGUCGCCCACGCUCCCCCGACCCCGCCCAUCACGGCGACCGCCGCCUCCGCGCCGCCGGGGGCAACGGCACCGGCGCCCAUGUCACCCACGCUGGGCGGAUUCUCGCAGUACUCGUAUAGCAUCAGCGCCGGCGCGAACCAGCAGCAGCAGCAGCAGCAGCAGGCCUUUGACUACUCUAUCCAUCAGCAGGCGUAUAGGCCGACGGAGAUGGAGGCGAGCAAGCACAAGGCGUAUACGGGCAAGCAGGACCCGUCGGGCAAGUUGGAGAGCAAUGUGGGGAGAUUGGAGAAGGGCGUCACGGGGAUGUUGAGAAAGUUUGAGAAGAAGUUUGGGUAA